AUUUUGAUGGCUGAAACUCAUCUGGCCCUGUUUGGAUGUGCUUUUUCUUUUUGGCUAGAUCGAUCUUUGGAUGAUAGUUUGGGUCAAAGUAGGACUUCAUUUAUGACCACAGGGAGUAUAUGUUUUUUCGAAAUUUUCCCAUUUUUGGUCCUCCAACUUUACUGUCAAAGACCUUUCUAAUCCUUGUCUUUUAAAUUUUCCGAAACUGGUGCAGGACUAUGCAUUUUUUCCCGUUUUUCGUCCUCCGGGUGUUUUUCCGGUGAACGAAAAAAAUUAACCGAGCAUGUGCCUAACAUAUGCUUCAUUUGAAAGGUCAAAGUAGUAAUUAGACUUUCACAAACCCUUACUGUUCUAUCUUAUACGGAGUAUUUCCUCCCAGUUCAAACUUACGGAGCAAGCGGCAAGAAGUUGUCAUCGCGCCAAGAUGUUGCCGAUGGAAAGCAACCCAGAAGCCUCGCUUGGGACGAAGACCCUAAAUUCGAAUGAAUUCAGUGGCGUGUUUAUGCUUAAACUGUUACAUGGUGGAAGUAUUGACUUGAGUAUGACAUCACCUUUGUAUUUGGGAGGUCGAAUUGACUUUUUUGAUGAGGAAGAUGCUGAUGAAAUUGGUUUUAUAGCUCUAAAGGAAAACGUUAAGGAACUGGGAUACAAUAACAUAGAAGAGCUUGUGUUUUUCUCAUUUUCAGACCUGGGAUUGGUUAAACUUGUCUUUGAGAAACAAGUUUGGAGCUUGACUAAAAGUUUAGGUCCUGAUAGAGUAUUAGAGAUUUGGGUUGUAUAAAAGACAAUAACUACAGAUGAUGAUGAUGUGCAUGUGAGACGAGAGAUCAAGGGACACACAAUAGUGAAGUCACACUUCUGAAGCAAGGGUUGAAACAAAUCCCGACCAGACCGGAGAUCAAGGGACACACAAUAGUGAAGAUGCAAACACAGGAGAGAGUUGAUGUCUUUUGGAUAAUGUAGUUCAAUUAUGUUACUUUAAUGAAGCUGGAUACUUUUUAAUGUUUUGUUUGAUCCAUAUACAUAUCAUCUACUAAAUAUGGGCCUAAUGUUUUGUUUUGGUGUACGCAUACUCUCUAAGCUGGAUACUGCCAGUUUAUUUUUGUCCACAUAUACUUGUUUGGAGCAGUUUAUUCUCUUUUUGGAGUGA